CUCCAGCAUUCAUUUCAAUCAGAACCUCCUAAGCACCCUUAAACACAUUCGCGUCCUUAUUCUGAUACCAUGGACGUGGCCUCCCGGCAGUCAUUGCGACUGCUUCAGUCCUCCCGCAGCCAACUCCUCAAUUCAAGCUCCCUCUCCCGCUCCUCCAUAGUCACAGCGAACACCUUGAAUCGGAUUCGACGGAGAGAUGUCUCUAAUUCAGCUCGCAGACGAGCUCCAGAGUCUUCCUUCCUAAACAUGGGCCCGACAUCCUUGCAGUCGGGAGGCCCAACGACAUAUUUCUCCAAUCGUCAGACACUGCCCCUCAACACUGUGGUCCGGUUCGUACCCCAACAGACGGCAUGGAUUGUUGAGCGCAUGGGCAAGUUCCACCGGAUACUGGAGCCUGGCCUUGCUUUCUUGAUACCAUUCAUCGAUAGAAUCGCAUAUGUUAAGAGUCUCAAGGAAUCUGCAAUUGAGAUCCCUAGUCAGAACGCCAUCACCGCCGACAAUGUGACGCUGGAGUUGGACGGUGUAUUGUACACGCGGGUGGUCGAUGCAUAUAAAGCCAGCUACGGUGUCGAGGACGCUGAAUACGCCAUCUCCCAGCUCGCGCAGACGACUAUGCGCUCCGAAAUCGGCCAGCUUACCCUAGAUCAUGUCUUGAAGGAGCGCGCUACGCUCAACACCAACAUCACGCAGGCAAUCAACGAAGCCGCUCAGAGCUGGGGUGUCGUUUGUCUGCGGUACGAGAUCCGGGAUAUCCACGCGCCGGAGGGAGUGGUGGCUGCGAUGCACCGUCAGGUCACUGCGGAGCGAUCGAAGCGAGCGGAGAUUCUUGACUCUGAGGGUCAGCGUCAGAGCGCCAUUAACAUCGCUGAGGGUCGCAAACAAUCUGUUAUUCUGGCCUCCGAAGCCAUGCGUGCCGAACGGAUCAACCAGGCUGCUGGUGACGCCGAAGCCAUCUUGCUGAAGGCGCAGGCUACCGCGAGGGGCAUCGAUCUUGUCGCUAAGGCUAUUGAGGCUGGCCAAGAGAACGCCCACGGCGCUCUUAGCCUCAGCGUUGCCGAAAAGUACGUCGAUGCGUUCUCCAAACUGGCCAAGGAGGGUACUGCCGUUGUUGUUCCUGGUAACGUGGGAGACAUGGGCAACAUGAUUGCGCAAGCCAUGGCCGUAUACGGCAAGGUCAGCCAGAGCCAAGCGCGCAGUCUCGCAUCAAAGGCUCUGGAUGUGCAGGAGCCCGAGCCCUCUCGAACCGACACCUCCCGAAGCUCCAAGACCGGAGAGCAAACGACGGAGCGUCACCCGGACGAUGAUGUCUCUCAGGCCGAACUGGACGAACUUGAUCAUGCUAGCCAGUCGAAGAACUAACUUGAAGUGCCUCUAAUCCGAUGCUUUAUUCAAUCUUCCUGCCAUCUCUAGCCGUGUUGUAUUAUCCCCACUGUUGGCCCUAUCCUCUUCUCGGCUGUCUCCAUGAUACUUUCAGCUUACGAACCUCCACAUGACAACGAUACUAUUCUAACCGCACUUGUAACUUUACUCUUGUCCUCUGCGGCCUGUAUGGCCUGUUAUUGGAUUGAUUGUCGGCCAUUUGAUUUUGCAUGAGCAUCACCGUACGGCCUUUGUUAUGCUCGUUUAGUUGGUGGGGGAUUUUCUAGUCUCCAUCGAUACCAUGUACAGUAGAUAAAAAAGUGGAUUAUGGCC